AUGGCGUGGGAAGCCCAGCCCGUGAAUUUGACCACGUGGCUGCCGGCGUACGUUCAUUCGCGGUACCAUGCAGAUAAUGCCAACGCCGCGCAGGCAUGGCGAACGCUGCUGCAAUCCGUCUACAGCGUCGGCGAUGGCGGCGGCGUGACCAAGAACAUCGUGGCCGUUCGUCCUGGCUGGGAUAUUCUGCACCUGUCAUUCCAACCCACCGACAUCUCGUACGACCCGCGGCUUGUCGUGACCGCGUGGACGCACCUCUUGGCGGCAGCCGACAAAGUGCCGCACACAGAUGCGUUUCUGCAUGAUGUUGUGGACGUGACGCGGCAGGUGCUGUGCGAUCACUUCCUCGCGCACUUCAAGGCCAUCAAGCGAGCGUUCGUGGGCCACAACGUGUCCAUUGAGGAGUUUGCAGACACAACCGAAAACAUGCUCGAGCUGCUGUGGGAUUUGGAUGUGAUCCUCGGCUCCCACAAGGACUUUUUGCUCGGGCGGUGGCUCGCCCAAGCGCGGGCACUGUCAGGCAACCACUCGGACGUGGCGACGUACUUGGAGUACGAAGCGCGCAAUCAAAUCACGCGGUGGGGCGACUCGAACGACAAUUACUUGUCGGACUAUGCGGCCAAGGACUGGGCAGGACUCAUGGCGUCGUACUAUCACCCUCGGUGGCGCAUCUGGCUCACCGAAGUGACCGCAGCGUACGAGAGCCACCGCGACGUCAACACCAAAGCCGCCACCGACGCGCUCGAGGCGUUUGAGCUGGGUUGGCAGCUGGAAACAGUAGCGUACCCGACCUCGGCCCAUGGCGAUCCCGUGGCCAUCGCCCGCCGCCUUCUUACGAAACACGCCCCUCGACUGGCCAGGGCCCAAGCUGACGGCACUCGUCCGUCCAACAACUACCACCAUCCGCGCCAUGUGCCAGUGUUUGGGCCACAGUUUGUGCUCGAUCAACGCCGCAAUGGAAUGCAUCAAAGUAGCAAAGACUGCGGACUGGAUUGCCUCUCGUAG